AUGCGAAUUCUGACACUGAUCGCAUCCGAUAACAUUGAACUAGAAAUAUCUCCCAUCAAUUCUUUGAAACUAAGUUAUCCUGCAGAAUGUCGCGCUGAAGAUGUUGGAAAGUUAUUUUCCAUGCAAGCUAUCGUGACUAAAUGCACCAGUGUAAAACCAGAACUUAUACAAGCAAACUAUUUGUGUGAAAUUUGUGGUACAGUACGAAAAAAUAUAAAGCAAGAAUACUGUUUCACAGAACCUGUACGAUGUUGGAAUGACAGUUGUAACAACCGAACUCGUUGGAAAAGAAUUCCAGAAUCUUGCUUGUUUGGAAGUUGGCAACGACUAGUUGUUCAGGAAAAUACAAACGCAGUAUCAGCCUCUGGUCGAGUUCCUAGAACUAUUGAUGUGAUAAUUCGAAAUAGUGCGGUCCAAAAAGUACGUUCAGGGGAAACAGCGAUAAUCACAGGAUAUUUAGCUAGUGUUCCAGACGUAACAGGGUUAAUGAGAUCUGAUUUACUACAAAGUACAAUCACACGACAAAAAAACAAAGAACUUACUAAGGAAUCUAAUGUAGCUGAGUCAGGAGUACAUGGCGUUACCAAACUUGGAGUGCGUGAGUUAUCAUAUAAGCUUUUGUUUAUGGGGCUACAUGUCAAAGUAGCUACUAAUAAUCCUUCAAGAAGUGUUAAUAAUUCUUCAGCUACGCAGAAUGAAUUAAUUCGUCAGUUGUUUUCAAUGAAUACACCGCCCGCAGAAACAAGAGAGUUGCUUCACGCAGAUACAAAUACUUUGAGUCAAGAUUUGCAAAGCGUUAAAACAUUCUGGCUUUAUUUAGAAAACCCUCUAGUAACAUCUUACGGAAUUACCUACGAAAUUCAUAAAACAUUUAAACAAUUAGGAAAUGGAUACAACGUUUUAUCUAGGCUAGCUUCCUACGUUGCUCCGCAAGUAUAUGGAAAUACUAUUAUCAAAGAAGCUCUUCUUUGUUUAUUUGUAAGUGGAGUAGAAAAACAUACUCAUGGGAUACAUUUGCGAGGAGAUAUAAACAUUUGUUUGGUUGGCGACCCGGGAACAGCGAAAUCACAACUUUUAAAAUGGACAUAUUCGUUUGCUGAUUUGUCUGUUUAUGCGAGUGGAAAAAGCAGCACUGCAGCGGGUUUAACUGCAAGUGUUCAUCGUGAUCCUGAGUCAGGAGAAAGCGUCGUCGAAGUCGGCGCUUUAAUUUUAGCUGACACAGGUAUUUGUUGCAUAGAUGAAUUUGACAAAAUGGACAACAAAGACAGAAUAGCAAUUCAUGAAGCAAUGGAACAGCAAACUAUAAGUAUUGCCAAAGCUGGAAUAAGAGCCACGAUGAACGCCAGAGCUAGCGUUUUGGCUGCUUGCAGUCCUGCACAUGGCCGAUACGAUAUCAAGCGAAGCUUAAGAGAAAAUUUAUACCUCGGUUCUACAAUUUUAAGUCGGUUUGAUUUAAUAUUUGUAAUAUUAGAUAACACUGACCAAGAUGAGGAUAUUGCCAUUGCUCGGCAUUUAAUAAAACAAUCCAGAAAUGAAAACAUACUGUUUUACGAUAGCGUGAUUCAAAAUAACGAAAUGUUCAAGCUUUAUAUCAAAAUUGCUAAGUUAAUGAGACCUAGACUUACACCUCAAGUCAAAAAUCUUUUGGCCAAUAAUUACGUUUCAGUUCGUCAGCAAACCAAACACAAGAAUACAAAUGGUUCUGGCAGAAUCACUACGCGGCAAUUAGAAAGCACAAUUCGACUUUCAGAAGCCAUUGCCAAAUUGUCAUUGUCUGACGAGGUAUUAGAAAACCAUGUUUAUUCCGCCAUUAAUUUAUUAAAACAUUCACUUUAUCGAAUACAACAAGACAGCAUAAUAAUCGAAGAAACUUGCCUCAAAGAAUUAAAAGAUAGUAGGUGCACAACCAAGUGUGAACACGAAGUCGUUCAAGAUUUCAGACAUCGUCUUCAACUUUGUGAAACCAACCCGGAAGUUAUAGCGAAUGAACGUAUAAUGUUCGAAAAAGAACAAGAGUUAAACAAAUCCACUGCCACUAAAGCGGAAGACUCGACCGAAGAAGAGGCUGUCGUUUCUGAUAAUGAUCACGUUGAAUCACCAGAAGAUGAAGAAGCGUUUCAAGUAUAA